UUCUGGAGGAAAGAUAUGGAAGCUCUUUUGUGAUUGCUAAAGCUUUCAAGGAUAAACUCAGUUCAUGGCCAAGAAUAGGACCCAAGGACAGUGUAGAAUUAAGAGAGUUUUCAGACUUCUUAAGAGGCUGUGAAGCAGCAAUGUCAGAAAUAAAGCGCCUGGAAGUCCUUAAUGACAGUGAUGAAAACCAGAAGCUUCUCACCAAGCUUCCUGAUUGGCUGGUUGCCAGAUGGAACAGGAAGGUGAUGGAGAUUGAAGAGGAGAACAAGUCAUUUCCCACCUUCAGUCAGUUUGUUGAAUUCAUCGGCAGAGAGGCAAAAAUAGCUUGCAAUCCAGUGACUUCUCUUCACGCUUUAAAGUCUAACGACACUGAAAGGGUUAAGUCAACAAAGACUCACAAUGUUGGAGCAAAGGUGUUAUUGAGCAGUUCCAAAGAAGGUACACACUCGGGGUGUGUUUUUUGUGAGAAAUUGAAUCAUGAUAUUCAAACAUGUUGGAAGUUCAUGGAGAAGCCAAUCUCUGAAAGAGUUCAGUUUGUGAAAACUAAAAAACUGUGUUUUGGAUGCUUGAGAACAGGGCAUCAUUCAAAGAACUGUGAAGGAAGAAGCGUAUGUGUUACUUGCAAACGUAAACACCCAACAUGUCUACAUGAAGAUCGUGACAAACCGAGCAGAAAGACAGAGCAAAAAGAGAGUAAGAACUACAAGGAGAAGGAAAAAUCAAGCGAAAGGAUCAAGUUUGAACAGAUCAACGAAGCAUCAAGCCAUGCAACUUCAAAUCGAGUGGUGCAAGAUGUAAGCAGUCUAUAUGCAUCUACAGUUGUUCCAGUUUGGUUGUCAACCAUAAGUGAUCCAGAGAGUGAAGUUCUUGUCUAUGCACUCCUAGACAAUCAAAGUGACACUACAUUUAUCUUGCAAGAAAAGGCAGAAAUGCUGAAGUUACACAAAGAGGCAGUGCAGUUAAAACUAUCCACAUUGGCAUCAAGAAACACAGUCAUUCCAAGCCAUAGAUUAACUGGUCUGCAAGUUAGAGGCUUCUAUUCAUCAAAGAGAAUCCCUCUCCCAGUAACUUACUCAAGAGAGUUUAUUCCUGCUAACCUGAGUCACAUUCCUACACCCAAAACAGCAAGGGCGUGGCCACAUCUGGAACAUCUAGCAGAAGAGCUCGCUCCAUUGAUAGAGUGUGAUGUUGGACUGCUCAUAGGGUAUAACUGUCCACAAGCCUUGUUACCCAGAGAAGUGGUGUCAGGAAAUGACAAUGAACCGUUCGCUCAAAGAACAGAUCUGGGCUGGAGCAUAGUUGGCUGUGUCAGUCCAUGCUCGGACUAUAAUGAUUCAAUUGGAAACAGCCACAAGAUUGUUGUAAGACAGGUGAUCCCUGAUCUUCAGCCAACUGCUACACUCACAAAUGAAGUUAGAUUCAUAUGCCGAACUCAAGUCAAAGAGUUGAUCACUCCACCAGAUGUGAUGAAAAUGCUUGAGUCAGACUUUAACGAGAGAUCUGCAGAAGAAGCUCAGCUCUCUCAAGAAGAUCUCCGAUUUAUGUCAAUCAUGGAAGAAGGACUGAAAAUGAAAUCAAAUGGUCACUGUGAAAUGCCUCUCCCAUUUAAGGAAGACAACCCAAGUCUGCCAGACAACAAAGGAUGUGCAAAUCAUCGCCUCAAAUGUCUGAAAAGGAGAUUUGAGAGGGACAAGCAAUAUCAUAAAGAUUAUACAAACUUCAUGACUGAAAUAAUAUCAAAUGGGGAUGCAGAAAAGGUUCCACAUGAUGAAAUCAACAAGAGUCCAGCCUGGUACAUUCCUCACCAUGGAGUGUAUCAUCCCCACAAACCAGGGAAGAUACGAGUGGUUUUUGACUGCUCCGCUAAGUUUAAAGGCGUGUCAUUAAAUGACCAUCUGCUUACUGGGCCAGAGUUAACUAACAGUCUGAUAGGUGUUCUCUGCCGUUUUCGCAAGGGACCAGUAGCGGUGAUGUGUGACAUUGAACGUAUGUUCCAUCAAUUUCAUGUAAGAGCAGAACAUCAGGAUUAUUUGAGAUUUCUCUGGUGGGACAAUGGAGAAUUUCACACUGAGCCAACAGUCUACCGUAUGCGAGUACACCUAUUUGGAGCAGCCUCAUCACCUGGUUGCGCAAACUAUGGUCUUAAACACGUUGCAGCCCAGGGGCGUGGAUUUUUUAGUCAAGCAGCCAUUCGCUUCAUUGAAAGAAAUUUUUAUGUGGAUGAUGGGUUGAUGAGCGUUACAUCUGUGGACGAAGCAAUAACGCUGAUCAAGGAAGCAAGACAGAUCUGCAGUUCUGGCAGACUAAGGAUCCACAAAUUCAUUUCAAACUGCACUGAGGUACUGGCAUCAAUUCCCAAGGAGGAGUGCGCUGAAACAACACAAAAUCAAGACUUAGCUCUGGGUGAGCUACAAAUGGAGAGAGUUCUUGGGAUUAAAUGGUGCAUAGUCUCAGAUCAGUUCAGAUUCAAGGUUGAGGUGAAUGAGCGACCACUCUCUAGAAGAGGAGUAUUGUCAACUGUGGCAUCUAUCUUUGACCCACUUGGGUUUGUUGCACCAUUCAUUCUAGUUGGUAAACAGAUACUUCAAGAGAUGUGUCGCAACAACAUUGGGUGGGAUGAGCCACUGUCUGAAGAUCUUCUCCCACGGUGGGAGUCCUGGCUCUUGGACUUGAAGAACCUAGCUGAUAUAAAAAUUCAGAGAUGCUAUGUUCCAGAGAAUUUUGGACAAGUUCAGCGUUAUGAACUGCAUCAUUUCUCAGACGCAAGUGCUUCAGGGUAUGGAGUCUGUUCCUACUUGAGAGCAAUCAGCGUGUCACAUCGAGUCCAUUGCUCCCUGGUUAUGGGUAAGGCCAGAGUGACACCUUCGAAGGUCACCACAAUCCCAAGGCUCGAGCUGUCAGCGGCCGUUGUUGCUGUGAGAACCAGUAACCUUCUCAGAAGGGAGUUGGAUAUUGAGACUCAAGACUUCUUCUGGACUGAUUCAAGGGUCGUCUUGGGAUAUAUCAACAAUGAUGCAAGACGAUUUCACAUAUUUGUGGCAAACCGUGUUCAGGCCAUUAAGCAGAGCACUAAUUCGAGUCAGUGGAGACAUGUGACCUCUGAAGAAAACCCUGCUGAUCAUACAUCCAGGGGCUGCACAGUCAAGGGGCUUGUUUCUUCCAAUUGGUUCACUGGACCAGAUUUUCUUUGGUGUGAGAAGCUUCCCAGUGAUGACAUUAAGGUGGGAGACAUAACAGUUCAAGACCCAGAACUUCGAAAGGUCAUUGUGCACAAAAUACUGACUGCAAAGGACUCAUUGUCAAGCCGCUUUUCAAAGUUUUCCAGUUGGAGAAGGUUAGUCAAAGGCAUUGCUAGACAGAGGCGGUGUGUCAGAGAGUUCAAGGGUUUGUCAUUAAGAAACAACGUAGCUUCGAGUCUGGAGGAGAGAAAAGAAGCAGAACUUACCAUCAUAAGCAUUGUUCAACGAGAAACAUUUCCUGAAGAAAUCCAAAACCUCCAACACAAAGGAGAGAUGACAACACAAGACAGGAUUAACCGGCUGCAUACACUGAAUCCCUUCUUGGAUGAACAAGGAGUAAUGAGAGUGGGAGGUCGGCUGAAACAUUCUACCCUGCAUCCAUACAUCAAGCAUCCGGCAAUUUCGCCAAAAAGCAGCCACAUUUCAAAGUUGUUGAUUGAACGCUAUCAUCAACAAGUACAACACCAGGGUCGUGGCAUAACAAUGAAUGAACUUCGAUCAAAUGGCAUCUGGAUACUUGGAUAUAGUCACGCAGUGUCUUCCUUCAUCUACAAGUGCGUCAAAUGUAGAAAGUUAAGAAGAAGUGCUCAAGUACAAAAAAUGGCAGACUUACCUCAUGAUCGAGUAGAAACAACGCCUCCUUUUACUUAUUGUGGAAUGGAUUGUUUUGGCCCGUUUUACAUAAAGGAAGGAAGGAAAGAACUGAAGCGUUAUGGUCUGCUAUUCACUUGCUUAUGCUCUCGUGCUGUUCACAUAGAAGUACUCGAUGACAUGACUGCGGAUUCUUUUAUCAAUGCCUUGCGAGCCUUCAUUGCCAUUCGUGGAAAUGUGCGUCAACUUCGGUCUGAUCAGGGUGCUAACUUUGUGGGUGCAAAACGUGAGCUUCAGCAGACUGUAAGACAGAUGGACCAAGAAUCCCUAAAACGAUUGGGUUGUGAGUUUGUCAUGAACACACCAGCUGCCAGCCACAUGGGCGGAGUUUGGGAAAGGCAGAUCAGGACAAUAAGAAGUGUUUUGACAUCUAUUCUCCAUCAGUCCUCCAGCAGACUUGAUAGCUCGUCCCUGCGAACAUGUUUUUAUGAAGUCAUGGCAAUCAUAAAUAGCAGGCCCUUAACGGCGCACUUGCUUAAUGAUCCCACUGGACCACAGCCUCUCACACCCAACCACAUUUUGACAAUGAAAUCCUCAGUCAUCUUGCCACCACCAGGACAGUUUGUGACAGAAGAUGUUUAUCUUCGCAAAAGAUGGCGCAGAGUGCAGUUUUUGGCGAAUGAGUUCUGGUCCAGGUGGAAAAAGGAGUACCUGCUAAAUCUCCAGCAGAGGCAAAAAUGGCACAAGGCCCACAGAAACUCGAAGGUCAACGACAUAGUCAUUCUUCAAGAUGAGAGCGUGCCUCGAAAUGCGUGGAAACUGGCUAAAGUUACAAAGGUCUUUCCUAGUGCAGAUGGUCAUGUUAGGAAACUGCAAUUGUUGAUCAGUGAUUCAGCACUUGAUGGUCAGGGAAAACGACUCACUAAGCCAGUAUAUUUGGAGAGGCCUAUCACUAAAACAGUAACACUCCUUGAAGCAAAUAACACAGAGUCAUGAGUAAAAACUACUUACAUUAAAACUCUUGAGUGUUUUAUUUGACCUUCUUCAGUUUUUAAGAAAUCACAAGUGAUUUGGUGGGAGUGUAACUGCCAGCAACGGCAUUUGCAAGUUGUUUAAGUUUAAGUUUACAUAUUAAUUUCAGUGAUGCAUAUUUUUCAUUUGCUGUUAAACAGUCCUUGAAAUUAUUAUCAGAGUGGUAAUAAUCACGUUAUCAGUUAAUGGAACUUUGAGUUGAUUUUUGUUUCCGUCAGGACCGUUAUUGUUGUAACACGCUACAGACAGAGCACAUGGACUACGGAGAAAGUGUCAGCAUUUACGUUAUAACAAGAAGAAAGUGUGAAGAGUUUAACUUUAUUCCCUUUACAUGGAAAAGGACUUGGGUCAUUUCAAGAGUUGCUGCAGAAAGGUCUUUUAACCCCCUUUGUGGUAUUGCGGCCAACGAGUUCUCACGGCAUGUUUGAUGGCACCUGUGUGCAAUAAACGCCCGUCAACACAGAACGCCUUGUGUCCGUGAUGUAUCCAGAGGGGAGUUACAGGCGGGGCCAAGAUGUUUGUCAGGGAAAGAAGAUGUAAGGAGUUACACCUGUUUAUCUUUAAAACUGUGUUAACACCCAACAACUGGCGCAGCAGGGGUGUCCAGUGUUGAUAUUUAGUCAGUGUGACGGCCAGAGGUGUUGCUGCGCAUUCCGAGCAUCAGGCGUGGCGGGGUUCUCUAGUGACCGCCCAAUUUAGGUGGUGCAGUGAAAAUUCUGGUGCAGUGAAAAUUCUGGUCAAUGGUCCGUAGGACAGUUGGUACCAGGCAACAGGGG